GAGGGCGCGGCAGAGCGUCUGCUUCUUAUUUAGCAACCGCGCUUAGGCUCGGCGCAGUGCAGGGUUCGACUUGCAGAACUGUGAUCAACUCCACUGAUCCGAGCAGGGUGAAAAUAUGGACGGGUUUUCACUUUCAGACGCAAUGUAUCCAGCCGGAUCAAACAGUGCCCCUCAAGGACAGCCCGCUUGGCCAUUGUUGCCAGGGCAGCCAGGACAACCCAAUGCAAGUGGAGGGCAGUUCCCUGGCUCUCCAGGGGGUCAGGCAUGGCCAUUACAGCCUGGUGGGUCUUUCCCUGGACAAACACCACCUAGUGCUCCAGUUCAGUCAGGACCACUGCCUCUUCCUUACAAUAUGCCAUUCCCCAAUGUCCUUGUCAAAAAAACAGUGUUCACCAUUGUGGGAGAAGUUAAACUCGAUGCUCAAAGGUUUGCCAUUGACAUCAAGAGAGGCAAUGAUAUCAUAUUUCACUUUAAUCCUCGCUUUAAGGAGGCAGGUCAAAGGGCUCUGGUGCGGAAUAGCAUGAUUGAUGAAAAAUGGGGCAAGGAGGAGAGGGAUAUACCCAACUUCCCUUUUGCAGAAGGCCAACGCUUUGAGAUAAAAAUCAUGUGCGCUCAAGACAGUUUCCGUGUUGCUGUAAACAGAAGCCAUCUUUUUGAAUACAAGUACCGUAUUCAACAGAUCAAUGAAAUCAACAACCUUGUAGUCUAUGGAGACAUCACUCUACUUUCUGUCAAUGUUGAGAUGCUUCCAUGAUAAACUAAUCUCUUGUGUUGGAGAUGGGGGAAGAUGGUGAGGUGCUUGGGACAUGACUUUGCCUGUUUUACCUACCUGACCUCUGUAGGUUGUGGUCAUUUAUUAUCUCUGAAUAACGCAGUUAGGUGAACCUGGUUUGGUGAAAAAAAAUUUCUCCAAGUGAGAGAGCUUUUGUUUCUGCCAUGUCAAACCACUGCACACGUCUUGACUGAAUCUGUUAAGCUUUUCUCUAGGAAACUUGCAAUACUGUAGAAAGUAACCUGUAGUGUAUGUACCUUGUAGAAAAUAUUUUCAUGUUUUUUUGUUUAUGUAUACAUACACAUACAUGUUGUAUGAAUAUGUCAUCUUAUCUUCUGUUCCACUUUGCCCAUCUGAGCUUACAAAUCAUCGUGAAGAGCAACUGCUAAUGGUAAGAGUCAUGGUGACGUAUAUAGAUGAGUACAUCAUCUCUGAAUUUAAGUAACAUGACCUCAUAUACAGUGUGUGUAUGCUCAUGUUCUCAUUAAAAUAUAAAAAAAGUACAAAAACACCUUUUUUCUUCAAACAAACCCCUACAAUAAAUACUAUUGCUUUACAAGA